AUGGAGGCUGAAGAAGAGAAAGAAUCGAGUAGUAUAAGCAUGGUGGAGGCAAAGUUGCCUCCGGGGUUUCGCUUUCACCCGAAAGACGACGAGCUUGUCUGCGAUUACUUGAUGACUCGAUCGCUUCAUCAACCUCCUCUCUUCUUGAUCCAAGUCGAUCUCAACAAGUGCGAGCCUUGGGACAUCCCUAAAAUGGCAUGUGUGGGAGGGAAGGAUUGGUAUUUCUACAGCCAAAGAGAUCGGAAAUACGCGACGGGGCUGAGAACAAACCGAGCAACGGCCACCGGAUAUUGGAAAGCCACUGGGAAAGACAGAGCUAUUCAAAGAAAGGGUAAGCUUGUUGGAAUGAGGAAGACAUUGGUGUUCUAUCAAGGUCGAGCUCCUCGAGGUCGAAAAACCAAUUGGGUCAUGCACGAAUUCCGUCUCCAAGGAUCCUUUGAUCCUCCCAAUCAAUCCCUGAAUCCUCCAAAGGAAGACUGGGUCUUGUGCAGAGUGUUUCAUAAGAAUACUACAGAAGGAGUUUCAUGUAGAGACAACAUGGGAAUCUGUUUUGAUGAGACAGCCUCUGCGUCUCUUCCACCAUUGAUGGAUUCUCACAUCAACUUUGACCAAGAACUCUCUUCUUACUUCACUGAUGAUCAUCAAUACAUCAUCAAUGAGCAAGUGCCCUGCUUCUCCAAUUUGUCACAGAACCAAUCCUUAAACGCAAACCUGACCAAUUCACUCUCUGAACUCAAGACUCCUUGCAAGAACUCUAACCCCUUGUUUACUGGUGGUUCAGCCCCGGCCACGCUCCCAGGGAUCGACUCGUUCUUUUCUUCAGAUCAGAUGGUUCUCAGAGCUCUGCUCAGUCAGCUCAGUAAGAUCGAUGGAAGCAGCCUAGGGGUUAAAGAAUCACAGAGUUCUGGUGAAGGCAGCUCGGAGAGCCUCGUGACCGACAUUGGUAUUCCAAGCACUGCUUGGAAUUGCUGA